AUGAGCGGCUUCCGCAAGUUCAAGUCCAUCAUCCUCGGCCAGUCCCCCGACACCGACGCAAACCGCCCCGCCUUCGACGCCGCCAACAUCCCGCUCGCCACCGCCGACUGCAGGUCCUGCGCCGACCCAUGCGACAAAGGCGCGUGUUUACUCGUGCUGAGACAUGACGAGUACCCGAAGAGAUUCGACGUGGACAGGGAGUCCCAGAUGCUGGGGUCCGUCAAGCCCUUUCGGCGACAGAUAGUCAUUUCCACCGGAAAGACGGACUGGGAGAGGGAAGUGACAGAUGCAGAGGGCACCCUCGCUGCGUACGUCUACCACGUCAAGGAGUCCUCGCCCUCCGCCAAGCGGCGCAAGGCUGGCGGCACCAACAUCCCAGGGGUAUACGACGUCUCGGAGGGCUCGAACGUCCUCGUCUUGAACGGCAGCCACAAAACCGUGUCCGACGACGAGAAUCUCGAGACCGUGCUCAUCCUCCCGGAUUACAAGGUCGCUACGGAUAUCCCACGCUCAUUAGGCGGUGCGAAGGCGCUCUGGAAGGCGGCCCUGGACCCGUCUGUAGGUCGCGCUGGCGCCCCUCUCACGCAAGGGAAGACGUGGAUUCUGCCCUACAACUGUGUGAUCUUACUCUGUUCGCACAAACGGCGGGACAACCGCUGCGCUAUCAGCGCGCCCAAACUAGAACACACAUUCACGCAGGCAUUAGAACGCGAAGGCUGGGAGGCGCACACGCAGCUCGAAGAUCCGUCCCUGGGCGGCCCGCCGCUGGACGAUCUGCAGGGCUCCGAAGAGGAAAAGGAAGCGCAGAUCGUGCAGCGGCUCAAGGAGCUCGGCGACGCGCACACGAAGCGCGCGCUCAUCCUCAAGAACUCGCACAUCGGCGGCCACAAAUUCGCGGGCAAUUGCAUCAUUUACACUCCCCAAGGCUCGAGUGUCUGGUACGGACGGGUGACCCCCCACGAAGUGGACUCGAUCGUCAAAAAUACUAUCAUCGGCGGCCAGAUCCUCCUGCCCCUCCUCCGUGGUGGUCUCAACCUCGCCCGUCCCGGCCGCCACAGCCUCAACGACUGGUAG